ACAGCUACCUGCAAUGGUUGAGGGUGUUUGGUCCAAUGAGGUCCACCUGCAGCUCGAGAUGACUACCCAAUUCCGGAAUUUGCUAUCAACAGGUGUUUGUCCUCCGAUUGAAGACGUAGUGAAAUGUGGUGUUGUUCCACGUUUUGUUGAGUUUCUUGCAAGGGAGGACUCCCCACAACUUCAGUUUGUUGCGGCUUGGUGCCUCACAAACAUUGCUGCUUGGACAUCUGAGAAUAUCAAGGUAGUAAUAUUUCAUGGGGCCAUCCCAAUUUUUGUAAAACUUCUUGGCUCUUCUGACCAUGAUGUUCGCGAGAAGGCUGUAUGUUUCUUGGGAAAUGUUGCAGAUAAUUCCCCAAAAUGUCGCGACUUUGUAUUUCACCAUGAUGGAUUGCUUCCUUUGCUGGCACAAACACAAUUAACUGAGCAUGGCAAUCUUUCUAUAAUGAGAAGUGCUACCUGGGCACUUUCGAAUCUAUGUGGAGGCAAGCCGCAACCGCCUCUUGAUCAGACAAAACUAGCCCUUUCAGCUCUUCUGCGUCUUCUUCACUCGAAUGAUGAUGAAGUGUUGAUUGAUGCAUGUUGGGCUCUCUCACAUCUUUCGGAUGGCACAAAUGAUGAAAUUCAAGCUGUUAUUGAAGCGGGAGUGUGCCCCCGGCUUGUUGCGCUUUUAAUUCACCCAUCUCCUUUAGUGGUCUCUCCUGCUCUUCGUACAGUUGGAAACAUUGUCACUGGAGAUGAUACGCAAACAGAGUGUAUCAUCAACCAUCAAGUACUACCCCGUCUUCUAAUUCUGUUGACAAGUAAUUACAAGAAGAGCAUUAAGAAGAAAGCUUGUUUAGCCAUCUCAAACAUCACAGCCGGCAACAAGGAGCAGAUUCAGGCUGUGAUUGAGGCUAAUAUUAUUGGUCCUCUGGUCCGUCUGCUUCAAUAUGCGGAGUUCGAUCUCAAAUUGGAGGCUGCACGGGCAAUCUUGAAUGCUAGCUUCGGUUGCACUCACCAACAAAUAAAGUACCUAGCGAGUCAAGGGUGUAUCAAGCAAUUGUGUGGUCUCCUUGCUUGUCCAGACCCGAGGAUUGGGACUGUCUUGAAGGCUGGAGAAGAUGAGAAGAAUUUGGAUCGUACCGGAGGUGUUAAUCUCUCUGUUCAAAUGAUCAAUGAUGUUGCUGAGGUGGUGGAAAACAUUAAGAACCUUCGAAUUCGUGAUGAAUGGGUGAUUUAUGAGAAGGCAUCAAAGAUUCUUGAAACAUAUCGGUUGAAGAAAGACUUAAUGCCGCCAGGUGAUGCUUCUCAACCAUGUUUUGGUUCUGAGUGUGUAGAUCAUAAAUCUGCAACAGUUCUGAGAAGCCAUUUGCAUUGA